AUGGAAUCCAUCAACUAUGGUAAUGAGUUUGAGCUCUACGAUUUGAAGAAUUGCUGGUGCAAGGAGUUGCAAGAAACUUCUCAGUUAAAUCCAUUGGUCAAAGAGUUGACAACAAGGAUUAGUCUCGGUGUGGAUACACAUAGUACCUUCGUACCAUCGAAGGAGAAAGCUUUAUUCACUAGGGUACUCAGAGUAGAUGGGGUAGAAGAUUCUCCAAAAGAGUAUUUGAAAGUCCAUAAUGAUGCACGAGCAAACGUUGGGGUUCCUCCGCUGAAGUGGCAUGUGAAAUUAGCAAAAGAAGCUCAAAAGCAUUUGAUUAAAUUCAUCCAUAAUUGUCUCAUGGGAAAAAUUCAGCCAAUCCCAAACCCUUACUACGGCCAGAAUGUUGCGUGGAAUUUGGCAUCCGAUCACUUUACGGGAGCAAAAGCGGUGGCGAUGUGGGUUGCCCAGAAAAAAUACUACGACUAUAAAUCCAAUUCGUGCAUUGGUGGUGAUUGUGAAUUCUACACUCAAGUUGUUUGGAGAAACACUACUCAUGUUGGGUGUGCUGCAGUUAAGUGCCAGAAAUGCCAAAUGAAAUGCACCCUUGUUGAGCCAAAUCAUGACGGAUCAUUCGGUAACUCUCAGGCCAACCCCACCAAUGCCGAACUUAUGACUACUAAUACUGCUUUACAGGCAAAAAAUGAACGCAUGACCGAACUAUUAGCAGCUAUGCAGAAUAACAACGAGGAGAAGAAUGACAAAAGGAAAGCCUAG